AUGGCGCCAUACUUUGGCCUUCGCGGCCCUUCCCUGAAUAGGGCUAUCAUGUGGCUGGUUGUGUGUCCGGCCUUUGUGACCUAUGGAUACAAUCAAGGUGUGAUGGGAGGUCUAUUGACCCUGGAAUCAUUCGCGAAGACCUUUCCGCAGAUGAACACUCUCACUGCAACCGAUGCAGAGAAAACCUACAACUCGACCAUUCAAGGCACGGUGGUCGCACUAUAUACAGUCGGUGGAAUAUUCGGUUCGCUAUCAUGCAUUCAGUUCGGUGACAAGCUCGGCCGCCGGAAGGUCAUCCUGCUCACCUCCUUCAUCUCCAUGAUUGGCGCUAUCCUCAUGGCAACAUCCUUCUCCCUUCCACAAUUCAUCGUUGCACGACUCGUCCUCGGAUAUGGCACCGGCGGUUACGUCGCUACAGUACCCGUCUGGCAGUCCGAGAUCUCGAAGCCCAACAAACGUGGCGCUCACGUAGUAACCGACGGUAUCUUCAUCGGCGCUGGUAUCACUUUCUCUCUCUGGAUCGACUUCGGAUUCUUCUUCGUUAAGACCAACUCGGUUUCCUGGCGAUUCCCCUUGGUCUUCCAGGUCCUGCUAUCAUUAAUGGUCAUGGGUUUUGUGAUGCUCUUCCCCGAAUCGCCCCGGUGGCUGGUGAAAAGAGGUCGCACAGAGGAGGCGCGGGAGAUCCUGGCGGCGCUGGACGACGUCGACCCGCACUCGGAACAAAUCACCCUCGAUAUCCGCGAUAUUGAGACCUCCCUAGCCCUUUCCGGAACGGGUUCGUGGAAGGAUAUGCUGAAGAUGGGCGAGCAAAGACUGUUCCACCGCACUGUUCUCGCUUGUAUGGGUCAAAUGUUCCAGCAGAUGUGUGGGAUCAAUUUGAUCACAUUCUACGCCACGACCAUCUUCGAACAAUAUCUCAAGCUCAAUGCCGUCCAAUCUCGUAUCCUCGCUGCUUCCAUGUGCCUAACACAGCCGCUAGGCGGCUUACUAGCCUAUUUCACCAUCGACCGUCUCGGUCGCCGCGUGCUAAUGCUGUGGAGUGCUGUCGGGAUGUCAAUCUCGAUGGCCAUCCUAGCUGGAACAACUUCCCUCCAAAAUAACACCGGCAGCUUGGUCUGCGCCGUGGUAUUCCUUUUCGUCUUUGAGUUCAUAUUCACAGUCGGCUACUCCGGCUUAACCUUCCUAUACGCCACAGAGGUCGCUCCUCUCCAGUGCCGAGCAUCUAUUAGCGCCAUCUCCGCUGCUGCCGUCUGGACAUUCAACUUCCUCCUCGCUGAGGUCACGCCUGUCGGCUUCGCUACCAUCGACUGGCAAUACUAUAUUAUCUUCGCAGUGCUGAACGCCGCCAUCGUGCCCACAGUCUACUUCCUCUUCCCGGAGACCAACGGCCGCACCCUCGAGGAAAUCGACGAGAUCUUCUUGCAGUCGCGCAACAUCUUUGAUCCGCCUCGCAUUGCUCGCUCGCUUCCCCGUAUGCACGUUGCCAACGCUCAUGGUGUUGAUUCUAAGGAGGUGGGAAGUGGCGAUGCCAUGGCUGAGAAGCCCAAUACGUAA